AUGGUCACAGAACCCUACCACUGCUACUACGACUGGCUACAACUACCGUCAUCUCCACUCCACUCGACUCCUCUAGCCUUCAUCAAGAUCCCCAUAUUCAACCCCACCACCAACCUCACCAAGUCCCAAUCCCCGCCCUCACCAACACAAUCCAUAACCACGACCCCAGUCCCCCCGUCCCCACCCUUCACUCUCCUCACACCCUCCCCCGCCUCCCCCGUACUCACCCCUCCCCUCUCCAAAUGA